ACGGCUGUGACAAGAUCACCUAGGACAUACAUUUACGUAUUAUAUGAAUUGACUGAGCUGGGUGAACGGAGCAACCAAAUCAGUUGUCACACAGUGAAGAAUCGAACUUUCGAUAAAUCACGAAAUCCAUUAGAGGUUGAACCUCGCAGACAAAGAAACGCAUCCGUCCAUCACAGCCCCCCGAAACUCGAAACACAGGCAUCACAUUACAGUCUCAGCACAUCACCUCUUCUGUGUCUACCAUACUCAUUACUAUCUCCCUAUCAAUAAAUAAUCACAAUAUUCCCACCCAAUCCAUCCAAAAUGUCCGACGCCUACGAGCGCGAACGCCAAAAUAACUCCCGUCUCAACGAACUAUCCGCAAAAGUAUCCGCGUUGCGCGGUGUCACGGUCGAUAUAUAUGAUCAUGCUAGAGCGCAGGAUGUUAUUGAUAAUACUGUAUUUCUUUUCCCUUUUCCUUUUUGUUCUGUUCUCCUCUCCCCAUCUUCUCUUCUCCCCAUUUCAGACAAACAAAAGGAUAAUAUAACAACAAAACAAAACUAACUACGAAACCUCAUCCCAAAAAUAGUCCGAUACCUUUUCUAGCAUGUCAUCUUCGCUCAAGGGGUCCGCGUCGCGACUUGGUCGUAUGGCUUCUUCGGGGAAUAAGGUUGCGAUUUUGAAGUUGAGUGGAUUGAUUGUGGGGUGUGUGCUUGUUUUGUGGUUUUGUGGGGGUUGGUUGUUUGAGAGGAGGAAAAGGAAGGACAAAGGGAGGGAGAGGGAUUCUUGGGCUGUGGAUGCGUGGGUGGGUUUGGGACGGAGGAGAUGAAAGAGGUGAGAGAGAGGAGAGAGAGAAGAGAGUGUGGAUAUGGGAGAGGUGUGGAUAUGGGAUGAGAUGAAAUGGAGUUAUGGAUGUAAUGCGAGAAAAUAUACGUGGUGGGACGCAGAUAUGGAAGAGAAUGAAGAGAGAGAUUGUAUUAUAUGUAUGGACAUCGGCAGAUAUAUUAAACUGCGGCUGUGGCAUUCUAACGGCGUUAUGGCUGCAUAUACUCUUACGAAUGAAUGGAUCAGGAUACAUGGCGAUAUUACGUUAUGCACGGUUGGUUAUUGCUUUCAGGGGUGGAAUACAUAUCUACGCGAAAAUUGUAUAAAAACACAUCAGACUAAAUUGCGCCUUGAAAUCAUCUGCCAUUUAUAG